CCUGUCUUCUUUCCUUCCCUUCUCACAUCUACAAGCGCAUCCAGUCCUUAUCACCACACACCAUCAGCAUGGACGCAGCCAAAGUCAACCCGGAACGCGCCCUGGCCUCGCGCUACAACCCGGCUCACUACUUCGCCUACGUCUCGGCCGCGUACUUCUUUCUCCUGUCCCUCCCCUUGCUACUCUUCCCGCGUAUCUUGCUCCUGAUUUCCACCCCUCGAGGUGCUGCAGGACAGGCAGGAGACACGCCUGAUCAGGGAGCCAGUGCCGGUGCCGGCGUUUCGGCUCUUGGACCAGAAUUGACGCCGAUCGAGAGGCAGUUGGCCUAUUCGUGGGGCAUCGCACAGAUCACAUUGGGAUUGGUGUCGCUAGUUCUUACAGGCGCCAUUCCCUUGACCUCGCACCCCCUUCCCGACCAGGCCGCCUCGGGACAGCAAUCUCCCUACAGACAGCCCUCGGUCCUUCUCCUCACCCUGUACUAUCUCGCCAUCGCCGCUCAGUCUUACCUUUCGGUAGGCAAAGCGCCCUCUGCAGCUGAGGCUGCCACACCCUCUGAGCUUGGAACUGGCAACUUCGGCUUGCUCCUCGCUCUGCCCCACGCAGGCUUGGCUGCUUGGGGAUUGUUCGUCCUCAUGUUCGGGGGAGACAUGGCCAAGAACAAGAAGAAGGCCGGAGAUGCAAGUGCAAAGGACAAGGCGACUAGCAACUUCCCCUUCAAGAACACGUAUGCCGAGAAUGAGAAGUCGAAGUGAGCGGCAGCAACGUCUCGUGGCGCUGACAUGAGAUGGGCGAGGGGAAGCAGACAAAGGGAAUGGGCGGUAGCGCAGUACCAGGACGAGCAAAAGCAGAGCUAGUGUAGCCCUGCGCCGGCGCAGAACGCUUGUGCAGAUGGAUAUCGUCGAA